AUGGCAAUCGGGAUGUGUAUUCUGGCCGGAACCACCUCGGCGGUCGCCUUUACCCCAGGUGUUGUCGCAACAGUGGCGUUGUUCUUCUACGGCUUCUGCUUCCGUGUAGGCUGGAUCCAAGGACCCUGGCUUCUGACAGCCGAGUACGCACCAUUGGUCACCCGGUCUCAAUCAGCUGCACUGUCCACAUCCGCCACAUGGCUAUUUACCUUUAUCGUUGCGGAGAUCACACCUCCGGCUAUUUCGAACAUUGGAUAUAAGAUGUACAUUAUCUUUGCGGUCUUGAAUGUCGCCUUUAUUCCUAUUAUCUACCUUUUUUAUCCCGAGACAAAAGGAAAGUCCUUGGAACAAAUUGACUUGCUUUUUUCUGGCCCAGGGGUUCUAUUGGAUAUCCCAAGUGAGGAACUAGCCAUAAUGCAAGACGGAGAAAUCCAUACUGCUGUAGUCAAAAAUCGCAUUCAAGUAGAUGAACCUGUGUUGAAUGUGUUGCAUAUCGAGAAUGUUUAG